CCGGCUUCCGGCGGAGCCCACGGUCGUCGCGCGCAGCCGUCAUGGCGGCCGAGGAGAAGGACCCUUUGAGCUAUUUCGCGGCUUACGGCAGCAGCAGCUCAGGUUCCUCGGGCGAGGAGGAUAACAGCGAGCCGGAGGAAACGAAUCGCAGGACCCCAGAUCCUGCGAAGCCGGCGGGCGGCUGUGGGAACAAGGCAGAGAAGCGGCUGCCAGGACCCGACGAAUUGUUUCGGAGCGUGACUCGCCCGGCCUUUCUCUACAAUCCGCUCAACAAACAGAUAGACUGGGAGAGGCACGUCGUCAAGGCGCCUGAGGAGCCUCCAAAAGAAUUCAAAAUAUGGAAGUCAAACUAUGUACCACCUCCGGAGACCUACACUACUGAGAAGAAACCUCCCCCUCCAGAGCUGGAUAUGGCAAUAAAGUGGUCUAACAUAUAUGAGGACAAUGGUGAUGAUGCCCCACAGAAUGCUAAGAAAGCUAGGCUUCUACCAGAAGGGGAGGAGACAGUGGAAUCAGAUGAUGAAAAAGAUGAACAUACUUCUAAAAAGCGCAAAGUAGAACCAGGAGAGCCAACAAAGAAGAAAAAGUAGAAAACAACAAAUGACAAUUUCUGGACUGCGAAACUUGUUGAAACGGUUUUUUUGGGCAGAUUAAGUUGAUGUUUUAAAUUAUUGUGAAACAACAUCUCCAUGAAAGUACAUGUUAAUUAACUAAUAAUAAGUAUUGCUGUGGGAACUUUCCACUGUAGAAUUCAUUUUUUAUUUAAAACUUUAUUUAAAACUCAAGUGGUGAUUUGUGAUUGUGAAAUUGACAACACAUGGAAGCAUUCUUGCUGUCACAGAAUUAGUGACAUGCUUUGAGAGUUUUGUCACAUGUCGACAUGCCAAUGUUCUAUGAACCUUUUAUAAAGGAAUAUAUUUUUAAAUAUAUUGUAAUGUACUGUGAACUCGUAGGGUGCUUUUCAACAGUGUUUGUACAGUGUAAAUAGAUCAUGGAAAUAAAAUUACUUAUUCAGUAUUACUAUUGCAUAACAUUAACAUUUGAAUAUUUGUCUGUGGCAAGUACCCUCUUUGCCAUGUGAUGUUUUUAAUAGUAGGUAUUACCAUCUAGGAGUGCCUUCUAUGUUCCAGUUGCUUUGUGGAUACCUUUUCACUGAUCCUCAAACAGCCUGGUAAAGCAGGUCCUAGAGGCUUCAUUUGAUAAUAAAGAGAGAUUAACUUACC